AAGUAAGUGAGGCAGCGCAGAUAGAUAUACAGAUUUAUCAACACAGAAACUGGUCAGAUAUGUGUGAUCAGUCGUCGUGAUCACUGACCAGUAUCAUAGAGUAGUGCGUCGGUUUCGGUUGGUUUUUUUUAUUAUUAUAAAAAACGCAAAUAUAAUUUUUUGAUUUUUCUUUGGGAAUUUUGAAGAACUACUACAAUGAUAAAGUUUUUACUUGGAGCGUUUCUGAUUGUUCUUGCGUCGGCGGACAAUCCUCCAAUUGGUGGGAGCUUGGAAGAUUUAAUUCAUGACAUCUUCACACCGCCACCAGACUUGAGCAAAGGAAAUAACAAUGGCUAUCAACCAGGCGUGAUUGGCCAACCAGGCGGUGUAGGUCAACCGACAAUUGGACAACCCGGCGAUCCAGGUCAUAUUCCACCGAAACAACCCCCAAUCGAAGUGAACCCCUGUCCAGAGGGUGAGUGUGUUCCGUACUACCAAUGUUCAAACGGUCAAGUGAUAACAGACGGAGAAGGAUUGCUUGACAUCCGUUUCGGCGAAGAAAAUAAUAUCAACAAAGAGGCACAUCCCUGCAAAGGAUUAUUUGAAACUUGUUGUACGCUAAAAGCGGAGACGCCCAUGAUUCCGGAUGUUCCGUGUAACCACGGUUGUGGUAUUCGAAAUGUGGAUGGUGUUGGAUUUAGGAUUACAGGCGACAAGGAUAAUGAAUCGCAAUUUGGCGAGUUUCCAUGGACAGUGGCAAUAUUGAAAGAGGAACAAUCUUUGGACAAGGUGCUCAAUGUAUAUCAAUGCGGUGGCUCUCUUAUCAGUACAGGCGUUGUGUUGACCGCUGCCCACUGUGUUAGCGAAAAGGUUCCAUCAUCGUUGAAGGUUCGAGCUGGAGAAUGGGACACACAAACCAAAGAUGAAAUAUUUCCACACCAAGAUCGUUAUGUUAGUGAAAUCAUUAUCCACGAAGAAUACUACAAGGGAGGCCUUUUCAACGACAUCGCUCUGCUGUUCUUAGACAAACCAGUGGAGAUAGCUGAAAAUGUCAAUACAGUCUGUUUGCCACCACAAGAUCAUAUAUUCGAUGGAAGUAGAUGUUUCGCUUCUGGAUGGGGAAAAGAUCUGUUCGGCAAAAGUGGCAAAUAUCAAGUGAUAUUGAAACGAGUUGAAUUACCGAUUGUUCCCCGUGAGCCGUGUGUACACGCAUUGCGUAAUACGCGAUUGGGUCAGCACUUUGAGCUAAAUAAAAGUUUCAUUUGUGCUGGUGGCGAGCGUGGAAAGGAUACGUGCAAGGGAGAUGGAGGUUCUCCAUUGGUUUGUCCUGUUCACGGUGAGCCCAACCGUUACUAUCAAGCUGGCAUUGUUGCAUGGGGCAUUGGAUGCGGUGAUGAGACUCCAGGAGUUUAUGUUAAUGUGGCUCUCUUCCGGAACUGGAUCGAUUCGAAAAUGCUUCACAAGCGCUUCGACCAAUCUUCGUACAUUUUGUAAUGCAGCAAUUGAAUGUUGAAAACAAAAAUGUUGUUCAGUUUAUACUAAUUUUUACAAUAAAUGUGUAUCAUUGAAUGGAUAUUCUAACUUC